CAAGCACCUUUUUACCCGAGCUCCUUGAUCACUUCGACCACCCGCCCGGCCUGUUACUGAACUCGGCCGUACCUGCACAUUAGUUUGCAAGAGCAUCCGACAUGGAAAAGCAGCCAAGGUCCGGCAAAGUGAAUGUUCUGAUCGGUACCUCGGGCAGUGUGGCAACGAUCAAGCUUCCGCUGAUAGUCCAAGAACUUUCUCAGCAUGAGAUGUUGGAGGUGCAGGUAGUCACAACCUCAUCGGCGCUUCACUUCUUUAAACCCAGUCAGCUCGUUAAUGCUCGGGGUGAACCGAUCAAGGUCUGGACUGAUGAUCAGGAGUGGCAGAGCUGGAGUAAAAUUUCGGACCCGAUUGUUCAUAUCGAGCUAAGAAGAUGGGCAGAUGUCAUCCUAGUUUGCCCAUGUUCAGCAAACACUUUAGCCAAGAUUUCCAACGGGAUUUGUGAUAACUUAUUGACCAGUUUGAUAAGAGCAACUAAUCCGAAAGACACACCAGUCAUCCUAUUUCCGUCGAUGAACACGCUGAUGUAUGACCACCCAUUAACCCGGAAACAAAUCAAGACGAUAGUCGAAGAGAUUGGCAUUGAGGUCAACGGCCCCAUCUCAAAAACGCUGGCUUGUGGAGAUAUAGGUCUUGGUGCUAUGACCGAAUGGAAAGAUAUCGUCGAUUUGGUAGUCACUCGAUUCGUGCCUGACUCCAGCAAGGAACCAGCAGUUUAAUAAUCAUCACGUGGAGAAGAAGUAUCAUGUUCCAUUCGAAGAUCUAAUUUCUAUUUGCUUGGUCGAACAUCUGAGCUUUGAAUCGGCUUGUUGUUUAGAUUAUUGUUUUGCAUUUCCCAAAGACUGUUAAUUGCUUCACCAGGGGUCGAAGUUUCGGCUGUAUGUUACUUAGUUGACACCUCAUGAAAUCUGAUUGAGGAUUGUGAAGGUCCAAGGUCAUGAGGAUCGAUUCCACUAGUGUGGGCGCUGGGAUGAAGAAUGGUUCUUUGAAGAGAAC